AAUUCUACAAUUUUUAUGGAAAAAUCAUUGUUUCGAAAAUUUAUUUUGAACAAGAAAUGGAUAUUUCUGAAAGCAAAUCAUACCAAAAAGGUAGCAGGACAGGGAACUUUCACAGGCUACAUCUAUAAAGUGUGGCACAACCUGAUGGGCAACUAUUUCAAUAGACAACCAGAAGCAAAAAGUCCAUUAGAUAAAUGUAAUGAUGCCCGUUCAAAGAUAGCCCAAGCCAGAGAAAAAUAUCUUAAAAAGUUGCUGCAAGAAGAGAAAAUUUCUAAUGGUGUUACCGGAGAUGAAUUGGAUGGUAAAGUUAAAGGAAGACCUAAAAAGAAACCUUUGAAAUCAAUGCCAUCCAUUCUGAAUGAUGUUGAAGUCCAGGCGAUGAAAAUGAAUCCCAAGGACUAUAAUUAUCCGUUUGAAAAUCUGGUAUUUGAAGGAGGUGGAAACAAAGGAUUGGCCUAUUGUGGAGCUGUGAAGCUGCUAGAAAAACUUGGUAUUUUUCCCCAAAUCAAAAGAUUUGCUGGGACGAGUGCUGGUGCAAUGACUGCAGCCUUGCUGGCUGUUGGAUAUAAUUCAGAUGAAAUUGAAGAAUCUCUUAGUCAAGACUUGUCAAGAAUAUUUCUUGAUGCAUCCUUUGGAAUUUUUAGUUUAUUGCCAAAUUUACUGACGGGAUAUGGUUGGAAUCCAGGAAAUCGUAUAUAUCAGUGGUUUGGUGAAGCUCUUGCCAAAAAAUCAAAUGGAAAUCCAGAUAUUACAUUUUUAGAGCUUUACGAGAAAACCGGAAGAGAGUUGUGUAUAGUUGUGACAAAUUUGAAUCAUAUGAUUGAGGAAUAUUGCCAUGUUAAAACUACGCCAAAUAUGCCAAUCAGACUUGCCGUUCGUAUGUCAAUGUCCAUACCAGGAAUGUUUCAAGCUACAAAUUAUACAGAAAAUGGAGAAACCAAUACGUAUGUUGACGGUGGCGUCUUAUGUAACUUUCCAAUACACUGUUAUGACGGCUGGUGGUUAUCCAUGCGACAAGGGGAUAAUUUUUUAGAGAGAUUACAACCUUUGGACCAGAUUCCGCAACUGUUAGCUAGACGAUAUCGGUUCGCUUACGAUCCAGAUUCCAAUAAAACCUUAGGACUUCUGUUGUAUGCUGAUUCCGAAUCUGAUGUGUUCCGUUACAUUUUAGAGAGAAGAAUAGGGGUUCAUUUAGAUAAGUUUCCUAACACAAAACUUGCCAAAAAGAAAUUAGAAAAGAAAAAUGUCCAAGAAAAGGCGAAGCGUGAACAUCGCAGAGUUACAAUGGCUGUUGAUGCGUUCUUAAAGGUCUUGAAGAAACACAAUUUGGACAAAGACGACAAAAUUGACAGAACAGAAUUAACGAAUGCUUUCCUAGAUGUGAAACCAGGUGGCAUCACAGAGGAUGAAUUUACAACAGAACAUGCCAACUUGCUGUUUGGUGAAAACUGCAAUGCCGCAACAGCUUUUGAGGCAUUAGACAAAGAUGGAAAUGGUGAAAUUCAGUACCAUGAGUUAGUGAACUUUAUUCAAAGCACUGGUAUAUGUCUGCAACAAAGAUUUCUUGGAUAUCAGAGGAAGGAUAUUACUGGACUAUUUUCAUUUUUUGACACUCUACAAAAUGCACUACUUACCAAUGUGAAAAGGGUAUUUGUAGAGGAAAGAGACUUCGACAGAACGGUUGGAAUCAAUACUGGUCAUGUUGGAACAUCAGAUUUUGUCUUGGAACCAGAAGAUAGAGCUUAUGUUGUUGAGCAAGGAAGAAGGUCAAUGGAAAGUUUUUUGAAGUAUUAUGCAGCAUUAAAUAAACUUAAAAAGCAGACGGAGAGUAUUUCAGAAGAUCCCGGAUCAGAAAUUGAAGAAACGGAUACUCCGGAUGAUGAGAAAAGACCUUUGAACGAAACCUAAGACCAAAAUUGCCACUUUAAUGGAAUAAAAUGGGUUUUUUAUCGGACAUAAAUAACUGACCGUAUACGGUAUGUCCUUUAGAAUUUCAGUGAGUUUAAAUUCAAUGGACACAAAGAAGGAAGAAUAUGUCUAGAUAUGUCUAGAAAUACUACUGACAGUUUUUAAUGCAUGGUACUUUACCAUUUGUUACACUGUGAUUUAAUUGUCAUACAAUUGUGUUGACUUUACAGAAAAUCAUUACAUGUAUGUUAAUUUGUAUUCGUUCUUAUAAAUUAUGUUUUUGCAAUAAAUUCAACUAAUGCUAAUAAGACCA